UGUGAGAGUGGCAACUUCAGGGUGCACACGGUCAUGACUCUGGAGCAGCAGGACAUGGUGUGCUACACGGCGCAGACGCUGGUCCGGAUCCUCUCUCAUGGAGGCUACAGGAAGAUCCUGGGCCAGGAGGGCGACGCCAGCUAUCUGGCUUCCGAGAUGUCCACGUGGGACGGAGUGAUAGUGACACCUUCGGAGAAAGCUUACGAGAAACCUCCAGAGAAGAAAGAAGGAGAAGAGGAAGAGGAAAACCAGGAAGAACCCGCUGCGGGCGAGGAGGAGGAAAGCAUGGAGACCCAGGAGUGAUUUGCCCAGGUAAAGCCUGAGAGGAGGGAGCAGGAAGAGGCUGGGCAGAGCUCUGCCUCCCACAGUCCCUGCUCUGCCCCUGCAGCGCAGCUCAGCACCACCGGCUGCUCCUGGAGGAGGCACUCGAAGAACUGAGCAGAGGAACGAAAUCAACCCCAGCAAACACACCCAACCGAUGCCAUCUGUCCCUUGUAUUUGUUUUUAUAGGUUGACAUUAAAGUAUUCUCCCUUUUGA